GGAAGCUUGCGGGAGCACACUGAGCCAGAGUGGAACAUUCUCCGCCAUGGGAGAAGGUUGAGCCUGAGGUUCUCAGAGCCGGAGCGAUGCGUUAUAAAAGGAUGGCAGCAGGAAAGGAUCUGGCUUGUAAUCUGCCUGGAGACCUAUGUGAUACUUCUUAUAAGACCUGGGUCACCCAUAUUGGGAGAAUGGUGGGUUUUGGGGGCUUCACUGAGAAAAAGGAGUCCACCGUCAUAGACUGACAGCAAAUAAAUGUCUAUCCAGAGAUGUCAGACGUCAACCUAAUCCAGCAAAUUCUCCCAAGCUUUCAGUUCAGAGGUCCACCUGCCUCUGCCUCCCAGUGCUGGGAUUAAAGGCUGAAGCUCCUGGCACACUCCAAUUGGUACCCUGCUGCUCAAAAAGAUGUAUGUGGCAGUUCUCCAAAAACCGCUGCUUGGGUAUCUCUUCACCCUCAUAGUCCUGCAGCUGCCCAAGAUGAAUGCAGGUCACUUUGAAGUCCUUGGACCCCUGGAGCCCAUCUUGGCCUUAGUGGGUGAAGACGCACUGCUCGCUUGUCACUUCUCACCCAGUGUGAGUGCUGAGCACAUGGAGCUGCGCUGGUUCCGGAAUACAUUCUCGCCUGCGGUGAUGGUGUACCGUGAAGGACAAGAGCUGGAGGAAGAGCAGAUGAUUGAGUAUCGUGGGCGGGUGACACUAGUGAAGGAUAACAUCACUUUGGGGCACGUUGCUCUGAAGAUACACCAUAUCAGAGCAUUUGAUGAAGGGGUGUAUGGGUGCUUCUUCAGGGAUAAACAAGACCAAGGAGAAGCCUUCCUCAUUCUGAAUGUAGCUGCUGUGGGCUCGGAUCCUCACAUCAGUAUGAAAACUCAAGAGAAUGGAGAGAGGGAGCUGGAGUGCACCUCCUCAGGAUGGUACCCAGAACCUCCGGUGCAGUGGAGGACAGCCAGCGGAGAGAAGUUGCCAUCCACAUCAGAGUCCAGGAAGCGUGACGAGGAAGGCCUGUUCACUGUGGCGGCUUCGAUAACCAUCAGAGACAGCUCCAUAAGGAACGUGUUCUGCUGCAUCCAGAAUAUCCUCCUCGGCCAGAAGAAGCAAGUAGAGAUCUCUGUACCAGUUUCCAAUUUGGGUCCUGUCUCCCGUAAAGUUCUUCUUGAAAUGAUCCUCCACUUCAACCUGGGCAGAGUAUUAACUCAGACUAAGCAAGCCAUUCCCUCACCGUCUUCCUCAUUCUGGGUUGUCACAUUGCUGUUGCUGUCAGCAUUCCUGGGCCUUACGGGAAUAUAUGUUGCUUGGAAAAAAUGCAGGACAAGACACAGACAGAGAAAUGGCACAGUUGACUGUAUAGAAUGGAGAUUUGCACGGCCACAUGCAGUUGACGUGACUCUGGAUCAGGACACGGCCCACUCCCACCUUGUUGUGAGCGAAAGUUUAAAAUCAGUUCACCUGGAAGCCUCACGUCAAACAUUACCUGAUAGUCCAGAGAGAUUUGACACCUGGCCCUGUGUGUUAGGGCGUGAGAACUUCACUUCAGGGAAAUAUUACUGGGAGGUGGAGGUGGGACAUAGGCCUGACUGGCUGUUAGGGGUAUGUAAGAAGAGUGUCAAGAAGGAUGGAUUCAUACUCAUGUCUCCCAGGAAUGGUUUCUGGGUCAUGGAGUUGUCUCAUGAGCACUACUGGGCUCUCAAUCCGCGUAGAGACCUUCUCUAUCUGUCAAAUGUCCAUCGGGUUGGGAUUUUCCUGGACUGUGAUGAAGGAAUUGUCUCCUUCUACAAUGUGAAUGAUGAGUCCCUUAUUUAUACUUUCCAAGAAUGUUCUUUUUCUGGCCCUGUUUGUCCUUUAUUCUGCUUGUGGUCUUGUGAGGGGCUUCCCCUGACCAUCUGUCCAGUUGACUCUGAAGCACACCAAGUAAUGGUUGACAACACAGUCCAUCCACAGGACCCCUUAAGCAGCCAUUUGCUCCAACCAGGGGCAUCUCCUGCUCAUCCUCUUCUGUCCCCUUCUCUGGAGGCUGCUACUGUCACUUGUCCUCUAGACCCUCAGUGACUUUUUUUGGAGAGGGUCAGAUUUAAGUAAACUGUAUUGGCAGAUUGUGGGGGAGUUUGUAACAAGCUUCAGACAAACCACGUUUUAGAAGUUUAAGAAUACAGUCUGAUGCCACAUGAUGAAAAACCAGUUAUGGAAGAGUGGCGGGUAACAACUUAGUGUCCAGAAGAGAUGAGAAACAGGGCAGAAUGUUUGCAGGGAAUACCAAGGGGCAGGGACAUUGAGAGUGAGAUGGAAGUGGACCAAGAGUUGUUGGGGUAAUCUUUUUGUGCCCUGUGUCAAGGUCUCUCUAUUAUUCCAUUGUUAAUUCUGUACAGGCAGAUAGCUGAAUACUGUUGGACUUUGGUAUUGUUAUUCUUUAAGGCUCAGCAUCUACAUUAUCUUUUGUAAAGAGCCUUAUUCCCUUACUUUUUGAUUGGCUUAAAAAAGAUCUGGAGGCCAAAUCUAGAGGGGAUAGGAAUGAGGGACUUUCAGGCUGGGAGAGGGUCUCUGGGAGAAGAAUGAGAUGUCAGCAUGAGAUGGAGAGGAACAGGUGUCAGGACUGAAUGAGAAAGGGAUAAUGGAUCACGUUGCAGGGUUGUGGACUAGAAUAGUCAGUUAAGUUAAAUGAGCUAGCUAGGAAGUAGCCAAGUUAUAAUAAAAAUAAUAAGUCUCUAUGUCUUUAUCCUGACUGUUGGCUGGUUGAGAAAGUGCUGAAAUAGUGAAUCAGGAAGCACCUGGGAAUUCUGCCGAUGACUCUUCUUGUCUCAAAUUCCAUAUCCAACAAAGGAGCAAAAUCUCUGUUAGGUUCUGCUGAACAGGCUAACAGAAGGAGAUGGAAAAAUGCAGGAGGAGAAGCUCUCCAGCAUGGCUGCUAUGCAGGCUACUUUAUAUCAGCCUACAAACUAGAGUCACUAGGCUGGAGAGAACCUCAGCUGAGACAGAAUACCUCACAAGACUGGGCUGCAGGCAAGCCUGUAGAGCAUCUUCUUAAUUCAUGAUGGAUGGGGUGGGAGGGUUGAUCCAUUGUAGGUGGGACCACGGUGGGCUGGUGGUUCUGGGUUCUAUAAUAAAACAGAUUGAGCAAGCCAUGGGGAGCAAGCCAGGAAGCAGCACUCCUCCAUGGCCUCUGCAUCAGCACCUGCCUACAUGUUUCCCCCCUGUUUGAGUUCCUGUCCUGUCUUCCUUCAAUGAUGAACUACUAUGUAGCAGUGUAAGCCAAAUAAACCUUUUCUUCCCCAA